AUGGAAAUCAUACGUUUCAAGAACAAAAAAUCCAGACAAAAACAACUGCUUUUUCUUACCAUUGUAUCAAUAUUAAUAUUUAUUUUCUUGUGCUCUUACUUAUUUAAAAUACCUUCAAUCGCAUUCAUAGCACUCCAUAUACGUCAACAUUAUCGUACUUCAGCAGAGUUCGUAACGACCACUUCUGACGACAAACACCUGAUCAUAUUCUCUAAAUUUGACUCCUCCGAUCAAAUCUCAAAUCAUUCACUCGAUGUUAUUCUUUUUCUUGUCGCAAGCUACUCCGGCGAUGUUCGCACUGCUUUCAAUCCCUAUCCAAGGUUACACAAGAGAAUUGCUCAACUCAGCCAACGUCUCAACGACAGCAACGUCACCGACAUCAUCAUCUUUCACACCGGCUAUCCAUUUCGAUCGGACUAUGUUCCGAUUUUCGAUGUCACUCCUCGUCACGUCGAGUUCGUGAAUAUCGAUCAUUUGUUCAACAAGUUUCCACGAGGAUUCGAACCUCAUCGUCGCGAACCGACAUGGUCGCAGCGAGGUAAGUGGAACUAUCAUCACAUGUGUUACUUUUGGUUCAAACAAGUAUUCGAACUGAAGAUCGUCCAUCGAUAUCGAUACAUGAUGCGACUCGACGAUGAUUCUCAGCUACUAGAACCGUGGCCAAAUGUGUUUGAGAUAAUGGCUAAAGAACGAGCGAUAUACAUGGCAAAUCAGAAGGAGACAGACUUCGAGAUGACUCUGCGCGGUACAACACUUAUACGCGAAUUGCUCACAAUUUAUGUAAAUAAUAGUGGAAUAGCACCUCAAAAUCCUACGAUGUUCGGUGAUAUCUACAAGCGUCGAUGGGAAGUACCAGUUUUUUGGAAUAACUUCGAAAUAGUCGAAACUUCGUUCAUGCGACGAAAAGAAGUUAUCGAUUUUAUUCGUACUGUUGACGAAUCUCAAGGAAUAUUUCUUUAUCGGUGGGGUGAUGCGCUUCUUCGUUUUGUUACCUUAGCACUUUUCACUAAUGAAAGUCAAAUAUUGCAUCGAGUUCGGCUGAACCUCUCAUAUUGCCACCCCUGUUGA